AUGGAGUACACGCGUUUAUUUCUCAAGUCAAAUUCUAUGCACCUGGAAAGUUCAGAUCAAUUCCGGGUUUGCAAUCUCGAGUGACUGUUUGUUUAGGUUGACCUGAGUUUACCCAAACAUUUUCACCCCUGUCAAAGAAGACAGCUACCUACCAUUUUACGGAUGAUGAGUUGACUUCAUCGCCAUUAAUAUUAAUAUGAACUUCAUUACAAUCCAGCAGCAGUAUAUUUGUAUAUGUGUAUAGCCUGUCGUCUCCCGAUCAGGGCCAGAGCCCUUCUUCUCAUCCUCUUCAUUCAUUCACAUCUACUGGAAAAAGUAAUUAUCAACUGACUGACCAAGAUGUGGGCCGAUCUUCUUCUACAGGCUGCUCUUAUUUUGCUCGCCGUCGCCAUGUUUCUCUCUAUGCACAACAUCCCUCAGACCAUCUUCACUAAGCUCCGCACUCGGAGCCAAUCGCGCACUAUCCAAGCCAGGCGCCACUUCGUAUUGGGCGCGCAGCGCCUGGAUCGAGCCAGGUCCGGGAAGGAGUUGUCGUCGUCGAUGAGAAUCUCGCUCGCCAAGUCAGCCGAGGAAGAAGCGGAUCGAGCAAUCGGACUCGACAUCAAGGACGCGGCACCUCACUUGCUCAAGGCCAUGGCUCUCGAGGUCCAGGGAUUCAAAACCUCUGCUAUAGGCGCGAUGGAUGUCGCGCUGUCUCCGCUGGCGGCGAAAUCGCUCAGCGAUUCCGAGAGGGCAGAGGCGCUGCACAAGCGGGCGGCGCUGAGGAUCGCUACGAGUCUGGACGGGGAACUCGACUCGGCAAUUGCGGACCUGGUCGACUCCGUCUGGUUGAAAGGGGAUGACGUCAAGGCCAGGUGUCUGUUGGGAGAGUGCUAUGAAAAGAAAGGGCUGAAAGUGGAGGCCCAAAAGUGUUACGAGGACGCUCUGAAAGUGCAACCCGAUUAUUCCCCUGCCCAGGUUGCCCUUUCCCGUUUGGCUGCUUAAUUCCAAUCAAAGGAUGUCCAUUCCACUCAUUAUCAUCUCCUCCUUUCUUCUCCCAUUUUCAGAGUGUAACUUAUGUAGUAGAGCUGAAUUUCACCACUCUGGACGUAAUUUCACCUUUGUAGCAAUAAUAAUGCUUCUGCUAUGUGAGAAUCAAUAACUGAAACUUUUUGUUGUAAUAUCUGUGUGGCAGUCUUCUAGAUUUUUGUAUUGACGUUAGUCACUAGUCACUACUGCAGUGACCAAGUUUCUCAAUCAGUGUCACAAAUUCUGUAUGAAG